CAUCAGGACUGCCUGCUUCUGAAAAUAUGUCUGACAAAACACCGAAGGACCCGCAUGCUGUCCUCUGCGACAUGUGCACAGAGGAGGACAGGAAACCAGCCCGGAAGACCUGCAUGAAAUGUGAGAUCUCCAUGUGUGUCCAGCACCUCCAGGCCCACCUGACCACUCCAGUGUUACUGCAAACUCAUCCUCUGACUGAACCCAUGGAAUUAUGUGGCAACACUAAAUGCCCCCAACAUGGCAAACUCCUGGAGUACUACUGCCUGGACGACAUGAGCUGUGUGUGUGUUUCCUGCGCCAUUGAAGACCAGCACCGCCUACACAAUAUGAAGACCUUCUCCACAGCCCACAAAGAGCUCAUGGAGAAGCUCAACACUGAGCAGCAGGCCUUACUGGUGAAAACUGAUGACGAGAAUGUCAGUCUGGAAAAGUGGGAGAAGAGUGAGAGAGAGAAGCUGGGUCGCUCUAGUGUGCGUCUCAUUGAAGCUGUGACGAACCUGCGUGACAUUGCCCUGACCAGUGUCCAGAGUUCAGUCUCUGCUCGCAUGGUGUCCAUCAGAACCAGCAGGAGCAGCAUGCAAGCAGCACAGAACGAGAAGGACACCUUCAGAUUCCUGCAGAUGUAUUCUCAGGUGCAACAGGACUUGGAGAAGGCCAAGGCUGUGGAUCUGAGAAAAGGGUUGGAGCCUGGCAGGGAUCGUGACAAACUGGUUGAGGAGAUAACAGAGAAGGGUGAAAAGAUGGUGGCGCAGGCAGGCCACUUGUGGGGAUCCCUGUUGACUCUGGUUGACCCAGAGAACCACCCGGAGCUUGCUGCUACCUAUCCAGGCCUGAUCUUUGACCCACAGACUUUGGACCCCAAGAUGUCACUGUCUGAAGACAACAGGAAGAUUUUCUACAAUAGUUGGCUGGGGCAAACUUCUGCCCACACGUUUUACAUUCGGAGGUCUGACCCUUCAGAGUCUGUUCCUAAGUUCCAUAAAUGGAUGAUAAGCCUCCCCAACGACUGUGACUGGACCAUUGGUUUAUGUGACAAAAACUUUGUUAAGGGGUUGAGAGAGGGAGAUGUCUUUGGUCUUUGCUGCAAAGGUAACCAGCUCAGUUCUCUCACAACAGAGUAUUAUGAGGUUUCUGCAGAUCAGCUUCGAGCUGAAAUCAAACCAGGUCCAUUUGGCAUGCCACAGAUGACUAAUCUGUUUGGAUCAGAGAAAAGGAGGAGUGUUAAGUAUCAGGCGAUCAGCCAUCCAGGCGAAAAUGUGGCACGACCACAAAAAGUUGAAGUGGUAGGGAGCUUUCCUGACUCGUUGUCGUUCUACAGUGUGACUGGCCAGCACCAGAGAAGAAAAAUAGUCACAAUAACGAUCAGCUCCAAUAACCUAACCCCUUUUGUUUGCCUGGAAGAGAAAGGAGCAGAGAACAUCUCAUAUAACAAAGGUGGAUUCUCAUUUGCAGGUGUAGCUCAGCACCAGAGCCAGAAUCAGUGGAAAUGCUCAUGUGGGAUAGUUUACAUUGAGACCGGUAAUGCAUACAGUUAUGGAGGGUGCACUUACCAGAAGUAUUCUCAAGCCACCUGCUCUUGUGGAAAAGUUAUUGGUGCCUUGCGCAUCACAAAGGUGCUUUGUGAACUUCUGUAGUUGCCAGCCAUGUUGUCUGUAGUCCACAUCACCACAUAUCUGUUGACACUUUGUGAAUCAUAUGUGAAUAUAUAUAUAUAUAUGGAUGUUAUUCAGUGAAUAUAUAUGUCACAGAUUAGUGCUAAGUUACAGUAAAUGCAAUAUAUGGUGCGGGCACGUCAAAGACGUCUCAGUAAUACUCAUAACUAGAAGAAACUGCAUUGAACAACAUAAACAUAUCGCCAACAGGCUUGUAUAGGCAGCUGAGAGAGGCAGGGAAGAUCUCAUUUUUUAUGUCACCUUACAUCCGCUCACAUAUUGCCAAGAAAUGAGGCUGUAGAUGUGAUAAAUGGUUUGACCUUGGCAGUGAUCCUGACAAGCUGGUUCAGGAGAUAAGGGUGAAAAGAUGGUGAAGCGAUAAGGCCCCUUCUGGGGACCCCUUUUGGCUCUGGUUAAAUCCAGAGAACCACUAGGAGGUCAUAGCUGUCAGAAUCAGUUCCUAACUUACAGAGGUGGAUGGACAGCCUUUCUAUAGACUCUAACAGGACUAUUGGAUUAUGUGGCACACAGUCUACAAAGAACUUGCAGGGCUGAUACGUCUGUGGUCUCUGCUGCAAAGGUAACCACUGAAGUCCAUUUUGCUGAUUGUUCAACAACUCGCUGUCCUACAUUGGCAGAACUUGAAAGCACGAGAGGGACAAAAAUAAUCACAACCACGAAAAGCCUUAACAACUUGGACUCUGCUCCCUUUGUUCAGUUAGCAGAGUUACUGUUCCUGUGGAGAAUUCAUUGGUGCAUCAAACAGACAGCUUAAGGAGUCUGAUAAUUGGUGGCAAUGUUGUCUUUAACCCAAAGUCAAAAGUUUACCCUCUUUCCUUUACUACCAGUCAUCAUGUAACGUUAACAAGUGCAUGGCUACACAUACCUUCUGCAAUAAUGGCAAAAAUACAGUGCUAUUACAGCAAGUACCAGUAAUGGGCAAAUAUUGUGAUUGUUUUUAGUGUUCAUAAUAAAUAUACACAGUAAAGGCAAUUUAAUAUCUUCAAUUGAAUGUCUUUUUCAUUACAGUAAUGCAAAUUGUUUUAUUUUGGGAGUUGCUUAUAUUGCUUCUAAUAUACAUGGCAGGUCAUUUUGUUUCAAUUUUAAUGGUUCUACUUUUAAGGCACAACUUAUAGGUAUUUGUCUCCAUCUACUGGUGGUGAACGGGUAAAUGCUCUGAUGUCCUACAGUUUACGGUCGUAUUAGGUCGGAAAGGCAACAAGGAAUUUUGUGUCUUUGGUUUGUACAUACAUUUUAUGUGAUCUGCUUAAUAAUAAAGCCAGAAAAAUGCUAA